AUGGGUUCAACGCAAUUUGGGAACUUCCAUGACUUCUGUCGCGAUUCGACGUUACCCGUCUGCAAUCUUUUCAAAGCCAACCAACCGCCGGGGAUCAAUUACGGAGGAUGUGUUCUGACAGGUAUUCCCUUAAGCGGGGAUCGCCAUCUCGCUAAUCUGGGUUCAAUCAUUCUGGCCUUCAUUGCCAUCCUAGUCACAAUUGCGCUGCUCUGGAGGUCGGAUCGGAAGCAUGCAGCGGUGGGACGCCGAGAAAUUCAACUCUUCUUACUCGGAUACCUCGUGAUUGAGAUUUGUGAGAUCUUCACCGUCGGUGGGUUUCCACUCGCGGAAAGUGUGCGGAAGGGGUUUACAGCGGUCCAUCUGGCGGCGAUCACUGCCACCAUCUGGAUCCUCUUGAUGAAUGCGUUGGUGGGCUUCCAACUGAUUGAUGACGGCACACCCGCCUCCAUCGGCCUCAUCUCCGCAUCCGCUCUCGCUCUCUUCAUCGGCACCGGAUACAUUGCUCUCGACACCGGAUUUUCAUGGACGGGUCAUUUUGAUUCCAGUCUGGGCAACGGCAAUAAUCGCAAUAUCGGGCUCUACGUGCUGUAUCAGCUAUUCCCGUUGGUGUGCCUGGUCUUGUUCUUCUUGCUGGAGACCGUUCUCGUGCUGCGCGUACUUGGCGAAGUCCGUCCGAUGCUCUACUUGGUGGGUGCGGCCUUGUUGUUUGCAAUCGGUCAAAUUUUCCAGUAUGUGAUCAGUACACAUCUGUGCCAAGCCACAUCCGGAAAAAUCGACGGCGCUCUUUUUGAAACCUUAUUCACCCUGCUCUCGGUCAUUUCCAUCUGGGGAUUCUGGAGUAGCAUUACCGAGGAUGAUUGGCCGUUGCCAGUCGGCAGUGGUUAUAAUUAA